GUUCUUUCUCUUUCACUCUCUAGUCUCUGUUUAUCAAAAUCUCUGUAAUGGCAGCAAAGAAACAGGGAAAUGAAGAGGAAGAUUACAUGGGAGAUCUCUCUCAGUUUCUUCCUCCUGAAACAUCCAAUUCUUCUAAAUUCUCAAGCAAAAAGAUCCUGGGCACCAGUACUUCAGCUUUUCAAUCAUCCAAGAAGAAGUCCAAAACUCUCAGCUGGCAAGAGCAGCGUAGACUUGAAAGAGAAAGAAAGCAACAAGAAGAGGAUAAGCAAACCUUAACAAAUAUAGAGGCUCCAAUUCCACAAUCAAAUAUUGGAUUUAAGUUGUUAAAGCAAAUGGGUUACACCCCCGGUUCAGCUCUUGGUAAGGAGGGCUCAGGAAGAGCUGAGCCGGUGGCAAUUGAGAUUCGACGAACACGCGUUGGAAUUGGAAGGGAGGAUCCGCAUAAGGAGAAGAGGAAGAGAGAGGAGCUUGAUGCUGAGAGGAACAGAAGGAAGGAAGAGACAUUGAUAGCAGAGUUCGGGUCUAGGCAAAAAUCACAAUGGCGGAGUAGGAAGGUUGUUGUAAAUUUCAAAAAAGCAAAAGCUGCUCUUGACCAGUUGGAGAACAAAGAAAUCGUGGCAACAAAGAAGAAUGAGGACGAGGAGGGUGAACAGGAGGAAGAGGAGGAAGAAAUAACUGAAGAGGAUUUGCAAGAAGUAUUGAUGACACUGAGGGAUGAAUAUAGAUACUGCCUAUUUUGUGGAUUUCAGUAUGAAACAAUGGAAGCACUUCUCUCCAACUGCCCUGGAAUAGAUGAAGAUGAACAUUAGAGUGGCGUCCCAACUUGUUUUGAUUCAUCUUAUAUUUAGCAUCCAAGUGGAAUGUCUGCUUGCAAUGUUGAUUUCCGGAGAAGAUAUUGAGGCAAAAGCAAAGCAGAAAGGUGAUAAAUCUUACACAUGUUCUAAAGCAUAAGUUGCUGCUGGGGAUUUGAUUCAUUGCAAGUCACGUAAAAGUUUCUCAUAGGAUUUUACAUGCUCAGGGAUAGGUAGCUGCAACAGUUUGGACAAUAUGCUUAAUUAUUAGUUAGAUAGUUCAGACUACAUGGUGUCAUUUUUAGCCAAGGUUUGAUGGCAAUAGCCAAAUCCAAAAAGUUAAAUUUUCGAGAUUCUUUCCCCCUCA